GGAUCAAAGCACACAAGGCUCUGCAGCUGAUCAGACGGUGCCGUGACCUCGCCAUGGCCACCACGCCGGCAGACCGGCUGGACGGCCUCACACCGGCGGGCCGGGGCGCGACCACCGCUAUCGUCAUCGGCGUGUAUCUCAUACUCAUAGGUACCGGCGCCAUCCUGGGGAACGGGCGGGUGCUGUGGCUCUCCUACCGGUGCAGGGCCAGGCUGCGGCCGGUGGAGAUGUUCGUGGUGAGCCUGGCGGUGGCGGACGUGGGACUCUCCCUGGUCGGCCACCCGUUCGCCGCCGCCUCCAGCCUGAUGGGCCGCUGGUCCUUCGGCUCAGCCGGAUGCACCUGGUAUGGCUUCGUUGUGUUUUUCUUGGGCAUCGCCAGUAUCGCCAGCAUGACGCUCAUGAGCAUUAUGCGCUUCAUGAUUGUCUACAAGAGAUACCCGGGCCAGUACCCCACCCGCCGGGCCAGCUGCGUCCUGGUCACCGCCGCAUGGCUAUACGGGCUCUUCUGGGCAUGCGCACCACUGGCAGGCUGGAGUCAGUACCAACCGGAGCCGUAUGGCCUGUCGUGCAGCGUGGACUGGGGCGGCUUCAGCAGUGACGCCGGCGGCAGCUCCUUCAUCAUCUGCAUGCUCCUCUUCUGUACCGCCGUCCCUGUCGUCAUCAUGGUGACGUCAUAUGCCGCCAUCUUUGUCAUCUACAGACAGGCGCAGAAGGGCGUGGUCCUGAACCUGCAGGUUAACGCUACGUUCGGCGGGAAGAGGCAGAGGACGGAGAGGAAGCUCACGCUGAUAGCGCUGGCCGUGUGUGGCGGGUUCCUACUGGCCUGGCUGCCCUACGCAGUAGUGGGGCUGUGGGCCAGUGUCGCCGGGGUAGAUGCAGUACCGCUCGCCCUCGCUAGUGCGGCGCCCCUGUUCGCCAAGAGCAACAGUCUGUGGAACCCCAUCAUCUACCUGGGAAUGAACGAGCGCUUCAGGUCCGAAUAA